CAACUAGAUUUUCCAACAAAUCCCAUCAAAUUAUCUUCUUAAUAAGUUUAUGUUAAUUGAUUUAACCAUUUUAUUUAACUAUAAUUAGCUAAAGUUUAGUAGUAAUUUCGUCUUUAAAUAUUCCUGCAUUCUUCUUCCCCUGAAAUCCACCCAAAAAAGAUCCUUAGAUCAAAAGAAUUUGCAAUUUCUAUUAAAAGGGGGACAUUAUUUAAAAAAAAAAAAGUGAUUUAGUGAACCAAUUUUCAUCGCAUUAAGAUCUCUUUUGUUUUUUCCGAUUCUUUUGAUUCCAAUGUCUAAGAUUUUCCAGAAGAAUUCAAUCGCUAGGGUUUAGAGGUGAUUUCUAAUUUUUAAUUUUACCCCACAAAAAAAAAAAAAAAAAAUGGCGAGGACUAGAUCAUCAUCUUGUUGGAGAUUUGCAAAUCCAUCUUAUUAUUUGAAACGUCCAAAAAAGCUAGCUUUAUUAUUUAUGGCAUUUGUUAUUGGCACUUUAUUUAUUUGGGAUCGUCAAACUCUGGUUAAAGAGCAUGAGGAGCAGAUUGCAAAGCUAAAACUAGAUGUCAGGCGGUUGCAGGAAGAGAUUGAAGGUUCCUUAAGUGUUGGUGUAAUAAAGAAUGAUUAUUUAGCAAAAAAGGUUUUAUCAGAUGAUCCUAUUGAUGUUGAGCGGCGCCAGAAAGUGAAAGAGGCAAUGCUUCAUGCUUGGAGUUCAUAUGAGAAAUAUGCUUGGGGACAAGAUGAGCUUCAGCCUCAAACAAAGAGCGGUGUCAAUAGCUUUGGAGGUCUUGGCGCUACACUAAUAGACUCAUUGGAUACGUUGUAUAUAAUGGGCCUCACUGAACAAUUUGAGAGAGCUAGAGAGUGGGUUGCCACUUCUUUGGAUUUCAACAAAGAUUAUGAUGCCAGUGUCUUUGAGACAACCAUAAGAGUUGUUGGAGGACUUCUAAGUGCAUAUGAUCUCUCCAAUGAUAAAAUUUUUCUUGAAAAAGCUCAAGACAUUGCUGAUAGAUUGCUGCCGGCAUGGGACUCUUCCUCGGGUAUACCAUAUAAUGUUAUUAACUUGGCUCAUGGAAGAUCACAUAAUAAUAGAUGGUCAGGGGGUGACAGCAUAUUAGCAGAUUCAGGAACCGAGCAACUUGAAUUUAUCACACUCUCUCAGAGGACAGGGGACCCCAAGUACCAGCAAAAGGUAGAAAACGUAAUAUCGGUGUUCAAUAGAACCUUCCCUGACGAUGGCCUUCUGUCUAUAUAUAUUGAUCCUGAUACUGGGUCGGGAUCACGUUCGACUGUUACUUUUGGUGCCAUGGGCGACAGCUUUUAUGAAUAUCUUCUCAAAGUAUGGAUACAGGGGAACAAAACUGCAUCUGUAAAGUUGUAUAGAGAAAUGUGGGAGAAAUCAAUGAACGGCCUUUUGACUUUGGUUAAAAGAACAACACCUUCAUCUUUCACUUAUAUUUGCGAGAGAAAUGGGAAUUCUUUAACUCAUAAGAUGGACGAGUUAGCGUGCUUUGCUCCGGGAAUGUUGGCUUUAGGAUCAUCUGGUUACGGUCCAGGAGACUCUGAGAAAUUUAUGUCGCUUGCUCAAGAGCUAGCAUGGACAUGCUAUAAUUUCUACCAGUUGACUCCUACAAAAUUAGCAGGGGAGAAUUACUUCUUUCACACAGGACAGGAUAUGUCUGUGGGCACAUCAUGGAACAUCUUGAGACCAGAAACAGUGGAAUCACUGUUCUACUUGUGGCGCCUUACGGGAAAUAAAACAUACCAAGAAUGGGGUUGGAACAUAUUCCAAGCGUUCGAGAAAAACUCCCGCGUAGAAUCAGGCUAUGUCGGGCUCAAGGAUGUAAAUAGCGGCAUUAAAGACAAUAUGAUGCAAAGUUUUUUCCUAGCCGAAACCCUCAAGUAUUUGUAUCUUCUCUUCUCACCCCCAUCGGUCAUUCCCCUAGAUCAAUGGGUUUUCAACACCGAGGCUCAUCCACUAAAAAUCGUAACUCGACACGACAGUGACAAGCAACACUAUAGACCUAUUAUUCGACAACGUGCUAGGAAGGAAGGCCGAAAUUAACCUUCGCACAAACGUCCGAAGAGUAGAUGUGUAACGGGAUUAGAUACGACUUUGUUUUGAUUUGAGAUUCCAGUCCGAUUCCUGGCUUAGGACUAUGAGGCGUUCCGCCCUUGAAAUGCCGUAUUAUGUACUGGGUUAGCUUCAUUUUGUAUCGUAUAGCCGUAUAUUGUGUGUAGAACUCCCAACAUUAGCUCUGUUGUUCAUUGUUGUAAUAUUUACAUGACAAAUAUGUAUAUGGUCAUGGGUUUGAUUUGAGCU